GUCGGGGUGCAGUGAGAGGAAGCCCAGACCGUGGUUCGUGCAGCCCCUCAUCUGCAUCAACAGUCGUCGAGAGAGGGGGAGGAGGGGAGCGCGGAGCAGCCAACAGGGGCGGCCAGACCAUCAGAAGUACCGAAGGCGGAAAACAUGGGACUCCGACGGCUGUCGUCCUGCUGCUGCUGCGAUCUGCAGACGGGCGUCGUCUCCAUCGGCAUCACGUUCAUCAUCCUGAACGGUCUGGGAGUGCUGUUCCUAGCACUAAUCUUGAGCAGCGAGAAUGUCAUCCGCUCAGAGAUCGCCAACGACCCAUCGCUGUUCGAGAGUGGCAAGCCCAACGAGGAGCAGAUUGAAGUCAUUUUGGCUCGUGUCAAGCUGCUAUUCGGCACAUUGCUGGCCAUGGCGGCUGCGAGCCUGCCGUUCGACGCGCUGCUGCUGGUGGCGGUGUGGAAGCGGCGGCACCUCUGGAUGCUGCCCUGGCUUGUCUGGUACUCGCUGAUCACGCUGCUGAGUGCCGCCUGGAGCCUUUACUUGGUGGGGAUCUUUGUGAGCACGGGCGAUUAUUCUGCCGAGGCGUGGGUGUACAUCGUGGGCCAGCUGGCCGCCGCCAUUGUUUUCUGCUACCUCAUCGCCGUGGUGAUCAGCUACUACCUCCACGUACGCGAUCAGCGAAAUGGCGGUCGUGAUUUUUCCAUGCAGCCGCUGCAGACCGCGUAGUGGUGAGGACGCUCGUCCGGCUGUUGCCCGAGGAACGUGAGGAGUCGAGGACGAUGGCUGGGUUUCAAGUGUGUUGUGCUUUUGAGGAUGCGACCGCUCACUGACCGCCGGCGAUGUCAGUCUUCAGGGGGGCGGCGUGAGACAGCAAGCGCGGAGCCAGCUGGAUAAUUGUCGAUGGGCGAGUCUAUGUCAUUUGCGUAUGACGCUGUGGAACUUAGUUCAGGCGUUGGAGGCAUGCCAAUGCUACCUGGUGCAUGUUCUUUUCCUCCACCAGCAGCGGAACUGGAAUCAUAUUUAUCUGAUUGCGCGGGAAUUCACUGCUAUCACUGCGCCUCUGUGUAACCACUUCUGACGUCGCUCCGACGUCACGUCUGACGUCACAUCACCCGCCGUCCGAACCCACGUCUUUCUGCACGCACCCUCUGUUGCCUGUCGGGGUGUGACUCAUCCGCCACGGGCCGCUUACACCACGUUUACCGCUCGAAUCGCGACCGGUGUGCGCCGCAGUGACGUCACCGCGUCACGUGACGAUAAUAUGACGUCACCGGUGUGCGCCGGAGCGUGCCCUGGCGUCUGUCGUACGGGAGGGAAUAGAGGGGGUGUCGGCCAGGGGACCUGUGCGGCAUGCGCUGGAGGGUUUUGACCUCUUGGGAUGCAGAUGGUCUCAGAUCCAGAGUCACGUUUCCCAGCGCGCAGCCGGUGCGUGACAUGCAGGGCCACCAGCCUGUCAGACAUGCCCCGUCACGACACAUGUUUGCGGUAACAACGCGACGAGUGAGAGCGAACUCUAGUCACGAAACGGCGCAUUAGCGGCAAUCACGCCCUUUUUAAGUGUGUUAGAGAUACUCUUCUUUGUCGCCAGGCAUCGGGUGACUGGGAUAGUAAAACCUUCGUCAUGAUGGUGAAUAAAGCUAUAAAACUAUG